AUGGGGGCGUCGGAAUCCAAGCUGGUCUUCAAGCAAGGCAUCUUCAGACUAUCCGAAGAGAGGAACAUUCCAGCCAAUGACCCAUACUGGACAGGCUUUUGGGAACUUCCAGAAUCCGUCGACGAUGUCUUCAGCCUGUUCUCUCAUAGCGACAUUCGCAGAACACGAGACUCCGCUCUCGAGAACUUGGAAACCCUCAUUUUAGCCGUGACUUCACGCCUCAAUGUCUUGAAAAACCACCCAUCGUUUCCAGACCCUGAUCUUGCUCCGGAAAGAGAUGCGUUGAAUUGUAUACGAGUCCUUACAAGGCUGCUACCCUACGUGUACGAGGCGGAAGAGCUGACAGAAUGGGAGGAGAAGUUCUUCUGGGGCAUGCGCCGCCGUCGAACUCGGAGAGCGCAGGUUGCAGGUGAAGUGCUGUUCGACGACAACCAGGGUGACGACACGGUGCCCAAGGAUACCCAAGAGCAAGAGUUCGAGAAUGCCAAACCGCUGGCCGAAGAACUCAUCGAUACCUUGACCGAUCUCCUCUUCUACGCCGGUUUCACGAUACCACAUUUACCAAACGCGAAGGGCAAGGUGACGUACGCCAUCUGGCAGAGCGGCGUGGGCUGCAAAACCUCUAUCCCGACAAACAAAGAACUCGAGAGCAAUCGAUGCGAAGUACUGAGGCUCCUGUUGACGAUGACCAGCAAGGCCAUGUAUAUGCCUUCCGGGGUUCUCCCUGUCCAAGGAGUAAGGUCUAUCACAUACAUUGCGACCUGUCCGGACAAACAGAUCGUACUGUCGGUUCUGUGUUCUCUGAUCAAUACGACAAUCAAAGCCAACACGUCCGCCUGGCGCAUCCCAUACGAUCAUGUUGUUCGCAGAGACUCGAAACAGACGCUCGUCAUCUACAGUCUCCAAUUCCUUCUCGUCCUCCUCCUGUAUCCAGUUCCUGAGGGUGGAAAUACUCCCGCGCCCAAAAAUUUCUACCGACACUAUCUGGGGCGAUUGCACCGACCAGAAGAUUUCCAAUUCUUGGCCGAUGGCAUGACACGCGUCCUGAGCCAGCCGAUGCAGGCGACCACGUCUUAUUUGCCCGGAAGCCAAAAGUCGGUCAAAUGGGCCCCGGAAAUGAUCAUGUUCUUUUGGGAAGUUCUGCAAUGCAAUAAACGAUUCCGAGCCUUCAUUAUCGAGUCAAACCGUGCCCACGACUUUAUCAUCCUGAUGCUUUUCUAUGCCAUCGAGCACAAAACAGACACUUCCAAGCUCGGGAUUGUGCGAAUGUGUGUUUUCGUUCUCCAGACCAUGAGCGUGGAAUCGACGUUUGGAAAGAAUCUCAACCAGAAGUUUGAGGCGCAGGAGACUUUACCCGCGUCUAUCCGUUUAACCAACUUCAAAGGCACCUAUGCCGACUUCCUCAUCACAUCCGUACACACUUUAAUUACCGGCAGUAAAGGGAAACUGGACGCCAUUUACCCAGCACUGCUGGCUAUCAUUAACAACAUGGCAGCCUAUGUGCAAAAUUUGUCCUUGGUCACCAGCACUCGGCUUGUCCAGCUCCUGACCUCAAUGUCGACGCCCAGUUUCCUUCUUGCCAAUGAAACAAAUCAUUCUCUUCUCCAAGCACUUCUCGAAUCCGUCAACACCAUGAUUGAGCAUCAGUACACCUCCAACACCAAUUUGAUAUACGCCCUGUGGCGUUCAAGGAGGCGGAUCGAAGCCUUGAGGGCUUUUACGCUGGAAGGCGCUCAGGCAGAAAUUGAGCGAGCUGCCCAGCGUCGCAAAGAGAAUGCCCUCAAUGACGUGAGUAGUGGUCUUUCUCGAACGUCCACCAUGGAAACGCUAGUUUCGCCAACUCGUGGCGGGCCCAUGUCUCCCAAUGCAGAGAACGGGGUGGAUGGGACGUUUGCCAUUGGUGAUUCGGAUGAUUCCGACAAUGAAGAACCGCCCACUCCAUCUCAAUCAACACAAUCGAUGCGGACGUCACGUACUCCGUCGAUCGCUUCAUCAUCGGUGGCCGAAGAUCAUGUUCCCGUUCAAUUGUUGGGCAUGUCGGAAAAAGCGAGGGGCAAGAUGCCUGCGGGUACACCAACAUUUUCUCGACAGAACAGCACAGCCAGUCUUUCAGCGACAACAACUUACACGGCCGGUCGUGGCUCAUUCAGCCCGACGCCCGAAUGGCUCGAGAGUUGGCUACCUGAACUCCCGCUACACACCGUGAUCACCGUGAUCAACGUCCUUUCAACACAUCCACGGGCCUCACAAAGGUCCAAUAACAGCAGUCGGGACGAUACGGCGAACCCAUCUUCUGUUCCGUCCUCUCGCCGUUCCUCCCUGGCCCAUGACGACACCACAAUCACCGACUUCCGCGCCCAGAUACCCAACACAGCAAACCAUCCUGCCAUCGCCGCCGUUCUCUCUUCUCCCAGUCCUAUUCGCGUUCAUCUUUUCGAAUGGUCUCCGCUCUCCCUCGGCUGGUACAUGUCUGUCCUAUGGUCUCUGAUAUACACCGCCGAAAUGACCAUCGCACCCGCGUCAUCGACAGCAGCGACUUUGACGGGAAAAGGUGCCAUGGCAGGACCUGCCGGAGUCUGGAACGGCACCAACGUCAAAUUGUUCCAGGUCACUACUGAAGGGAAGCGUGAGGGCCCGAGCUUGUCACAGCCCAGAGGUGCCGUUGACGCAGUGGGUUCCAGACUCGUCCAAGGCGUCCAGGGAUUGAAUUUGGGUGGAUUGGUGGGCAGAGUUGGUGGUGGAGGAAGUGGAGGUGGAAGAAGUCCGAGUUUCCAAGGCUCAGGACAAGGGCUAGGUCAGGCACAGAGUAAUGGUGAGGCUAGGCCAGGGACAAUGAGGGAAAUUUGA